AUGGAGGAGGCAUCAGCGAGGGAGCGGAAGAGGCCGCGCGAGGGCGAUGCGAGCGAGGGCGACGCGAGGAUGCGCGAGGUAUGGAAGAGGCUGCUCGAGGCGGCGUCCGGGAAGCCUCGGUACACGUACCUGCCUAUCGCCGACACCCUCAAGGUUCCCGGCGUCCGGGUCUGCCUCUUCGCCGUCGUCGCUGAGAUCGGCGCCGCCGUCCACAGCCGUGGCACGGAUUUCACUGUUACGUUGAGGAUUGUGGAUGAAUCACGCAAGGCUGGAAUAUCUGCAACAUUUUUUGCUGACAACACUGCCCUAUUGCCCUGUGUCAAGUCAAGUGGAGAUGUGAUCAGUCUCCACGACGUCGUGAUACAGCAUCAUGGGGAGUUCUGUGUUACAUUUAACAAAAAGUUUUCUUCAUUUGCGCUGUUUGAAAGCAAAGUAUCUGCUGAGUGCAGCCCAUAUCAGACUUCUAUGAAAUGUCAUGGCAGGAAACAUGACAAAGAACUGUUAACCCAGAUGAGAACGUGGCUACCCAAUAAUCCUCUAGUUCGGAUGCUGAGGCAGUUGAAUCACCCCUUCUACUUGAAGGACUACCUCUACCCAGGGAGGUUUUAUGCACAAUGCCAUGUGUCGGAACUGUUCUGA